AUGAGCGCGCACUUCAGUUCCAUGUACGAUCAGAGCUCCGGCCUUGUGCAAUGGAGCCCUGACGGUCGGUACGUGGCUAUGGCUGUGGGGAAGAGGCUGAUGGUGCGGGACGCGAUGGAUGGCUUCGAAAUCGUGCAGGGCGGCCUGCGGCCUUGCCUGGACAAGAUCGAGGCCUUGGAGUGGGCGUCGGACUCCGACCUCCUGCUGUGCGCGAUGUACAAGCGCUCGCUUGUUGAGGUGAUGUCGGUUGCGAGACCGGACUGGCAAUGCCGAAUACGCGAGGGCUUGGCGGGGAUGGUCAAGGCGCUGUGGGCUCCCGACGCUAGGCACGUCGUCACGUUUUCCGACUUCAGCUUGCACAUGAGCGUGUGGUCGCUGUCCACGCGGCAGUUGCACACUGUCCGCCAGCCGAAGGCUGCUCCAGGAUGUAUCGCCUUCAGCCCGGACGCCCUCAUCAUGGCCGUCGCCACGCGACGAGAUUGCAGAGACCACCUGAAGCUGUACGACACUAGGUCGUGGGAGUCUCUCGGCGAGUUCACGGCGGAGACGGUGGACCUCACGCACGUCGACUUCUCUCCCGACGGGUUCACCCUGUGCCUGCAGGACACGUCGCUAGACUACCGGGUGAUGUUUUACUCGCUGGCGGGGAAGCUGGUGGGGCGCUUGGAGGCGUAUUCGCACGCCCUGGGCGUCAAGUCCAUGGCGUGGUCGCCGGACGGCACGCUGCUGUCGGUCGGCAGCUACGACCAGUGCGCGCGGCUGGUUUCUCCGGUGACGUGGAAGGCGGUGGCGGUUCUGCGGCACGUGCACCCCAAGACGCAGGACGUCGACAUCACGUACGCACCGGCACUUACGGGUCCCAUUCCCUCCGAGCGGCCGGACCCGUCCAAGCCGCACCCGCGGCUCGGGGUGGGGCAGAUCAUGUCGUGGAGCGUGGACGGGAGGUACCUGGCCACGCGCAACGACAACAUGGCGUCGGCGCUGUGGGUGUGGGACACAGAAGACCUGUCGCUGUCCUCCGUGGUCGUGCAGCCGGGUUUUGAGAAGGUGGCCUGUUACCGCGAAGUGCCUCUGGGGCAAGAGCAAGACUACGAAGAAGAGGAGGAUGGGAACGACAACAACAAAGAGAACGGGGCGGCCGAAAACAACAGGUUAAGGGCCCCGUCGAACGCGUCGUCGCUGUCGCUGGUAAUGCAGUCACGCGCCGGUGGCGGAGGGGCCGGGACGAAGGGGGUCAAAGGGGGACGACGCACCGGGCCGGAGAGUACCCUCAAGCCGAAAAUGCAGAGCGAAGAGGAGCUCACGUGGGCUGCCUGGCUCGCUAGGGCAAUCAUCUGCGGCUGAGGCUGCUGUGGCUGCGGCGGCCGCCCUGCUGCUACUUCCUGCAGCGUCUGGAGUGGGUCCGUUGCUCUUGUCUGUUGUUGUCAUCGAUAUUUUUACUGUUUUGGAGUUGCUCUAGUCUUUUUUGUGGACAGGGAACGCGGUUUAGCUAUUCAAGCAAAGCUCGUGCCGCCAUUGGGCCAACGUUGGCAUCGCCUCAGCUGACAGGGCACAUGUCGAGCGUAUGUACGGGGGAGCAUGUGUCCUUUGCGGCAACGAUGGUAUGUUGUAUUUUGUGUGCUCGUUUGUCACGACGGGAACAAUUCACGUUCCCCUUGUUUGUUGACGAAUUGUUCAUCAAGAGGCAUUGGUUCUCUUGUAAAGUAGUAAUUUGCCUCCCUAGCGUCAGGGACACCGGCCUUAAUACACGCGAGUGCCUGUGUGCACAUACAUGUGUCUCCGGUACCAUCAGGCAAUUUGUUGUUUAUGUGCGUGAGGACGAGACCCUGCGGGCUGCAUCGUGUGGUAAACCGCCGAUGCCUCCUUGUUGUUGUUGAGUUGCCACACGCUGGUCUUGGGUGUCCGUUGUAACAGCGGUUGGCCUUGUCUUAUCUGCACGCACGCUCUGGACCGUCGACGACGAACGUGCUUCUGCCAAGCUCAGUUUGUUCCGGGAAAGCCAACGGCGUCCUCAUG